AUGGUCCUCGUCAUCGACCACAGGAUGUUUCCAGAACUCGUGGAGGCAAUCUUCUUCCUCCACAACCCUGAUAAGCGUGCCCUCUUCCGUAUCCGCGCGACCUGUCGCGAAUAUCGCCGCAAGGCUGAAGCCCUCCUAAACAGGCGCCUAAUCCUCCGCUCAACCGAACUAGACCCACGCCCCACCUUGUACACCAUGCUCAAUGAUGUUGAGAUUAAACUGGGCCAAUUCGAGUUGGAAAACGAGGACGACCAGCGAGAGAACAAAGCAGACGAGCGCCCAGCUCAAAGCAACCUGAACACGCAUUGUAUUACAAGACAUUCACAAGUGGUCGACCUUUCGUGGGAGAACCAACAUCUGCUGUCGUCGGUUGCCGAUGCGCUCUGCGGUAUUCCCGUCUUUCGCUAUGGAUUUUGCCACAGCACUUCAACUUCUCGUCUCGACAUCACUUACAAGACCCGGAGCCUUAUCGUCUCGCAUCCCCCCAACCGGCAGCAACUCACGACACCUGCUCCCCAAAGUUGGGCCACUUGGAGGAAGCUCGCAAUCCAGCGUAUUGUCGUCAACAUCCACUACAGCAACGACGCGAUGCUGGACGUCCCCUUUGAACUCUUUACCGCUCCAUGUGUCAAAGAGGUCGUGUACAUUGUGACUCACGACCCCGAUCAAUACCCAACUAAGGACGUUCUCAACAACUUUGCCCGAUGCCUCAGCUGUAUGGGUGUUCCAUCCGUUCACAAGUGUACGGUUGUGGUCCAACGGGAGGGCAAAUACUCUUCAGCGCAAUACACGACUCCAUUUCGCAAGUACGUUGUCCAACUCCUCUCGCGGCAACCCCACAAUUGCUCGACGGAAAGGGCGGAAUUCGCGAGCGUCAAGUUCCAUGUCAUCACAUACAAAGACUACAGCGCAGCCAUCGGCCCAACCGAGUUUGAUGUGGAGAGAGGACUCUAG